UGAAAGUAAACCAUUCAUCUUCAGUUUUCACAUAUAUCCCCAUUUCUUUCUACUUCUUUUUACUACUUCCAUAUUCUUUCUUCUACUUCGUCCUUCUAUUUUCAGCUCUGUUUCCUUGUAUAACCCCACUUUCUACUUUCUUCCCUAACCCAAUAGAUCAUUACACAACAAGAAGUUACCAUCUUUCUUUUCAAUUUUCAUACAUUAUCUAGGGUUCAUGUAUCUUUUAGUUCGUACACAUGCUUAUACCUCUCAAUUUCUUAUGAUCGAAGCCGAAGAAAAUGUAUGAUCAAGGUCCUAAAUACGCAGUUCACCCUUUUCAUUAGGUACACAUACAUCACUCAUGAAGUCAAACCAUAGUACGAUCUUCAUUUAGCUAAAAAGAUUGUAUCUUUUCACUUAUCCAGAGGUAAGAAAACCGAGUGUGGAUCACAAUUGUGAUGCUGAAUGUUGCUUCCAGUUGUUGGGUUAGAGAUGAAUUCUGCAAUGGAUGACAUCAGCAUGAUUCAACAACGCCAUCAUCUUGUGGUUCGUGAACUCGGUGGAGAAAUUGAUUUAGAAAUUGGGCCUGGUGAUGAUGACCCUUCAUUUUCCCACACCCCUUUAAUUACAGUUCCACCACAAGAAUCUUCAGCUGAUGAUCAUGAAGAAAACAAGAACAUGGCAAUUGUGUCCCACCUUCAAAGUGAAGAUCAAGAACUAUUGAAAUCACUUCCAGCUAAAAGAAAGAAGAAAGUGGUGAAAAGAUGGAGAGAGGAAUGGGCUGAUACGUAUAAAUGGGCUUAUGUUGAUGUGAAAGAAGGGACAACAAGGAUAUUUUGCUCGAUUUGUAGGGAGUAUGGUAGGAAACAUAGAAGAAAUCCUUAUGGAAAUGAAGGGAGUAGAAAUAUGCAAAUGAGUGCUUUAGAAGAACAUAACAACAGUUUGCUUCAUAAAGAGGCUCUUCGUCUCCAAAUGGCUUCUAAAGAUAAGAUCAUUGCUGAUAAGCCCAUAUAUGUAAAAGCUCUCAUGUCAAAAUCAGCUGGAUCGAUUGUUGAAGCUGCACUAAAAAGAGAUCCAAAUGAGCUUGAGUUCAUACAGUCUGUGCAAGAAGUUAUUCAUGCUCUUGAAAGAGUUAUUUCAAAAAACUCCGGUUAUGUGAACACAAUGGAGCGAUUGUUAGAGCCUGAACGCACGAUUAUCUUCCGAGUUCCAUGGGUUGAUGAUAGAGGUGAAAUGCAUGUUAAUCGAGGUUUUAGGGUUCAAUUUAAUCAGACAUUGGGUCCAUGUAGGGGAGGCCUUCGUUUCCACCCUUCUAUGAACUUAAGUAUUGCCAAGUUUCUCGGUUUCCAACAGACAUUAAGAACUGCAUUAUCUCCUUAUCGACUUGGAGGAGCAUCAGGGGGAAGUGAUUUUGAUCCAAAAGGGAAAAGUGACAAUGAGAUUAUGCAUUUCUGCCAGAGCUAUAUGGAUGAGCUCUAUCGCUACAUGGGUCCCGAUAAGGAUCUUCCUUCAGAGGAGAUGGGUGUUGGUACCCGUGAAAUGGGGUUUCUUUAUGGUCAGUAUAGACGCCUAGCUGGACAUUCUCAGGGAAGUUUCACGGGCCCACGUCUUAAUUGGUCUGGUUCUAGCUUGCGUACUGAAGCUAUGGGUUAUGGACUAGUUUUUUUUGCACAACUUAUACUAGCAGACAUGAAUAAAGAACUCAAAGGACUAAGAUGUGUGGUUAGUGGGUCUGGAAAGAUAGCAAUGCAUGUAUUGGAGAAGCUCAUUGCAUAUGGUGCUCUUCCCAUCACUGUGUCAGAUUCCAAAGGUUAUUUAGUGGAUGAAGAUGGAUUCGAUUUCAUGAAACUAUCUUUCCUUAGAGACAUCAAAGCACAACAUAGAACUUUAAGAGAUUAUUCAAAAACUUAUGCACGUGCUAAGUACUAUGAUGAAGCAAAACCUUGGAAUGAAAGAUGUGAUGUUGCUUUUCCAUGUGCUUCACAAAAUGAGAUUGACCAUAAUGAUGCCAUUACUUUGGUCAACUCUGGUUGUCGUAUACUUAUUGAAGGUUCCAACAUGCCAUGUACACCUGAAGCCAUGGAUGUGUUGAAAGGGGCCAAUGUUUUGAUUGCUCCUUCCAUAGCUGCUGGGACAGGAGGGGUUGUUGCUGGUGAGCUUGAGCUAAAAGAAUAUAAUUUGAACUGGGCACCCGAGGACUUUGAGUCUAAACUACAGGAAGCAAUUAAACAGACGUACCAACGAGCUCUAAAAACAGCAGCUGAAUUUGGUUAUCAGAAAGAAAGUCCCGAGGCAUUGAUACAUGGUGCAGUGAUAUCUGCAUUUUUGACGAUUGCGAGUGGGAUGUCAGAGCAAGGAUGUGAAGAUGAAGGUGAGAACUCUCACAAGGGAAAUCGCCGCCUUAUCAAAACCCUAACGUGA